ACUCUCUACGCAUUCUCAACGCCUCGUCACGUGCCCAUAUUCAUGGCAGAUCCAGGAGAUUUCUCGGCAGAGUGGACGUUUUCUUUGUCAGAUGGUCAUCACAGAGUGCAGUUCCGACAUGGAACUACGUCAGGGAAGCGAGUAGUUGUUGUGGAUGGAGAAGUGAUUGUACGUAAAAACUGGAUGUUUCAACUCGUUGGCAAAGAAAGAUUUGAUGUGAGCGGCACAAAGGCGUGCAUUCACAUUGAUCCGAAGGGCAUGUCUUAUGAAUAUUGGUUGGAAAUUGGAGGAAAGUCAUUAGAGAAAUUCAUUGAGCAAAGAAGAAAGUCGUGCAAAACAUGGAUACCAACUGUUAAGGGCAAUUAUCAUCGAGUUGUAUUGGAAAAAGACACCAUGGAUGUAUAUGUGGACGGGGAGAAAGUAGAAACCGCAGGUGAAUUUGUUGAUGAUGGAACAGAAACCCAUUUCACUGUAGAUGGCGUGGCUUGCUACAUAGCAGCCGUAAGCUCAGGAAACCGACGUGAGGGCAUCGUCCACUCUCUCAUUGUUAAUGAACAAGAAGUCGCAGAAGUUGAAGAAUAGAAAAGACCAUUUACUUUUAUUACUCUCAGACUUUAUGUAAAUAGCAAUGUAUUAUUGGCAAUCGGCAGACUGUCAGGUGUUCUGUUAUAUGCUGUUGAUUUCCCCCAUGAUAUUAACAAUACGAUUGUCGUAUCGUUUGGAAAUA